AUGAAGGCCUUCUUAAUUCUGACAGCCCUCUUCGCGUUCGUCGCAGCUGCCCCGCGGCUGCGCCGAGAGGCUAUUUAUGGUGGAUACCAUGGCGGACUUUACGGAGGACACCUUGGAUAUUCUCAUGGAGUGGCAAUCGCUGGACCCGCCUUGGGACCAACUAGUGUUGCUGGACCUCACCUUGGAGCGACCAUGGUGGCUGCUCCAUCUAUAGGACCAGCUAAGCUCUCUGGAUCCGUUGCUGGGCCGGUUCAAGUUUCUGGUGCUGUUGCUGGAUCCGCUGUUGUUACUGCUUCUGUCGCCGGACCUGCUCACGUGGAGGGUUACAGCGGCCCCUAUGACGGUGGAGUCGGUUUGGGAUACACCGGUCCAGCCUAUAGUUAUACCGGGUAUCCGGGAUAUGCUGGAUACUCUGGAUACGCGGGAGCCGGUAGUCACGGAGUGGUAAUAGCAGGACCAGCUUCGCAUGGAGCCGUUCUCGCAGGACCAGCGUCCCAUGGCGCCGUCCUUUCUGGUCCUCACUCUGGAAGCGCUGCUGUAUCCGGACCUAAUGCUGGUUCCGUGGUAAUCGCUGGACCCUCUGGUAAAAUUACUACCCACGGAACUGGUUUUGGUGGGAUCCACACUGGACACGGUCAUUGGUAACGAAUGACAGCUGUUGGCAGAACAAAAACUUUAAAAAUCUCUCGAUCGUAUCCACUUCUAUGAAUUAUCAGCGGAGUUAAACUACAAUACGAUAUCUGAUCGUUAUAUCGUUAGAUUUGUCUCACGACGAUCCCCGUUAGCGAUACAUUUGAUACUAUGAUUUUAUAACGAUAAUGCAAUACGAAUAAGAAUUUUUUAUACAGUUGAUAUACUCUUACUUUUUUUUAAAUAGAUAAUAAAUAAUUUGUAACAUGGAUAUUCGUAGAUCGCUCGCUAUUUAUCGUGUAACUUUAACUGAUCUCUUACGCUAAUACACGAUUUAGUUACACACGUUUAAUCAUGUUGUUAACUAUGUACUCGAAAUUCUCACACGCGAUGCUUUAAUGAAGUUAUAUCGUUACACGUCGUCAACCUUUACGUCGCUUUAAAUUCGUUAUGCGUCCCAUUUUAACGAGCUGUAAAAUAAUUAUGCAUCGAUUCCAUGCACGCUCUAGUUUUGUCUUUGCAAAAAGGAACCUCCACGUUUAUUUAUUCCACGUUC